ACCUUCCAGGAGGUGGAGCCCAGCGUGGGAACGUAUUGAACCUGAAUGGCGCAGGGGAUCCCCUCACACCAGGUUACCCAGCAAAAGAAACAUGGGAGGACCUGCCCCACCAGACAGCAGCUGGAAAGGACGUCUGAAUGUGUCUUACAACAUUGGCCCUGGGUUCAUUGGGAGUUAUUCUACAAGAAAGGUCAGAAUGCACAUUUAUAGUAAUAAUAAAGUGACAAGAAUUUACAACGUAAUUGGGACCAUCAAAGGAGCAAUGGAAUCAGACAGGUACGUCAUCCUGGGAGGCCAUCGUGACUCCUGGGUAUUUGGUGGCAUUGAUCCUCAGAGUGGGGCAGCUGUGGUUCAUGAAAUUGUGAGAAGUUUUGGGAAACUAAAGAAAGAAGGCUGGAGACCUCGAAGAACAGUGAUAUUUGCAAGCUGGGAUGCAGAAGAAUUUGGCUUGCUAGGAUCCACAGAGUGGGCUGAGGAGAAUGCCAAAAUAUUACAAGCACGAGGAGUUGCUUAUAUCAACGCAGAUUCCUCUGUAGAAGGAAACUACACUCUGAGAAUUGACUGUACUCCACUAAUGUAUGGACUGGUGUACAAGCUGACCAAGGAGAUACCAAGUCCUGAUGAGGGGUUUGAAGGCAAAUCCCUUUAUGAGAGCUGGUAUGAGAAAAACCCAUCAACAGAAUACACAGACUUACCCAGAAUAAAUAAGCUGGGUUCUGGCAAUGACUUUGAAGUCUUUUUUCAGCGGCUUGGCAUUGCAUCAGGCAGAGCACGUUACAGUAAAAACUGGAAAGUGGAAAAAUAUAGCAGCUACCCAGUUUACCACAGUAUUUAUGACACCUAUGAAAUUGUGGAGAAGUUUUAUGAUCCUGCUUUUAAGAAUCACCUGACAAUAGCUCAGGUACGGGGAGGACUGGUAUUUGAGCUUGCCGACUCUGUUGUCCUUCCCUUCGAUUGCAGAGAUUAUGCAGUGGCUUUAAGUAACUACACUCACAUAAUCUAUAAUUUGUCAAAGAGUCAUCAGAGUGAAGUGACAAAGUACAGUGUGACAUUUGAUCCUCUUUUUUCUGCCGUGAAGAAUUUUACAGAAGCUGCUAUUGAUUUUCACAGGAGAUUGCAGCAAGUAGACGUCAGCAACCCAAUUGAUGUAAGGUCACUGAAUGAUCAGCUCAUGCUUUUGGAAAGGGCUUUUAUUGAUCCUCUUGGUUUACCUGGCAGACCAUUUUACAGACACAUCAUUUUUGCUCCCAGCAGCCACAACAAGUAUGCUGGGGAGUCCUUCCCUGGGAUCUAUGAUGCCAUGUUUGAUAUCAAAAACAAAGCAGAUCAGCAUAAAGCCUGGGAAGAGGUGAAGAGACAGAUCUCCAUCGCAGCGUUUACUGUGCAGGCUGCAGCAGGAACUCUGAAACAAGUAGCAUAAACUCAUCAGCAACAUAAUCACCAGUGAAUUUCUAGUGAUUCGACAGCUGUAAAGCCAUCAGAAAUAGAGCAUUUACCAACAUGAGUAGAGUUAUUACCAAAAAAUAUGUAUUCAAACAGUUUUGUCCUUCACAAACAAUACAGCCACAUCAGUCCCUCUCACUCCCAUCCAGUCCAUUUAGCUAUGUUAAUAAGGGACUAUCCUUCUGAACUACUAUUACCAAAGUAGGAUUUUUAGUGAAGUCAGGUACUAGAUUAAAAUCCUUUGAUUUCAGAUACCUACCUCUUGUUA